AUGGCAAUCCUCAGCUGCCUUCCCGGCCUUGAAGUAACCGUCGAGGUCGACAGCCAGCGUGCCCACGAAUACGACGCCGGUCUAGAGGAAGUCGAGUCGCGCGCGGAGGAGAGCAACUUCCACCCGAUUCAACAAACACUCCAGCACCGCCACUUUGGAGUCCCGUACGUACUGAAAUACAUCGAGGCCAAGCCCGGUAAACGAUUUAUCUUCGUCGUCGAUAUGACCAACUGUCAUCACGUUUUCGACUGGAACAUCGGGCCGAGCGAACAGCUCAGCUACUCGUGCCAUUUGGACGGCUUCUGCGCCGGGUUAUUGCGAGCUUGUAAUGGUGUCCAAAACGUAACGGAAUACUGGGCAACUGGGAGUAGAGUUGCGGGGUGGAAGAGACGCUAUUUUCGGUUUGAAGGGCUUGAUGUCCUUGAAGGAGGGGAUGGUUCCAACGCCGAAAAUGCCAAAAAGUACGGCACCCUUCCAGUCAGACUUUUUCUCAAGGUCGGGACAGGCCGCAUCGCAGCUGCUAAGGAUGACAUAGAGGGCCCUCCCCUCAUCCACUCCGUGCAUGAGAAGGACUUGAAGGGUAGAGCCGUCGACAGCAAGGUCAGUGUGUCGAUCCUCGCGGCCGACCCAUCGCCGUAUUUGAGUUUCGAGGGUCUUCAUCAAGAAUGCGUCAUCCCCUGCCCCCGCCCGGUUCAUGUUGUUGUUAACGCCGACGAAGACGAAGAUAAGGAAGUCAUCGAUGUUGAGGAAGAGGAUAAGAAACGCAUCAAGCGUGAGCCGGAAGAUGAUGCCUCCCGAGGCCUCAAGCGAGAAGCCCCCAAGAACGAUGCUCAGUACCCUGUCAGCAGCUACAAGCUGCGCCGCUUGGACAACGGAGAUGCCGAGAUUGAUCUUACGGACGACUGA